AUGGGUGUCCUUGAACGUAUUGCCGAUAUUGAGGCUGAAAUGGACAAAACUCAAAAAAAUAAAGCAACAGCACGCCAUUUAGGUUUACUCAAAGCACAAUUAGCCAAACUAAGACGUGAAUUAAUUGAACCGAAAGGUGCUGGUGGCGGCGGAAAAUGUGAAGGCUUCGAUGUUGCUAAAACUGGUGAUGCUCGUAUUGGUUUUGUUGGCUUUCCAUCAGUCGGAAAAAGUACAUUAUUAACUAAUUUAGCUGGUGUUUAUAGUGAAGUGGCCGCUUAUGAAUUUACUACGCUUACAACUGUGCCUGGUGUUAUUCGAUAUAAAGGUGCAAAAAUUCAAUUACUCGAUUUACCCGGUAUUAUCGAAGGUGCAAAAGAUGGUAAAGGUCGUGGUAAACAAGUUAUUGCAGUCGCUCGAACAUGUAAUUUAAUAUUUAUAGUAUUAGAUGUACUUAAACCAUUAGGUCAUAAGCGUUUAAUCGAACGUGAACUUGAAGGUUUCGGCAUACGUUUAAAUAAAGAACCGCCAAAUAUUUACUUCAAACGAAAGGAUAAAGGUGGAAUAAACUAUCAAGCAUUAGUUCCACAAACAACAAUAGAUCUCGAAACAGUCAAAGCUAUACUUGGUGAAUAUAAAAUUCAUAAUGCUGAUAUUAUUAUACGUUGCGAUGCAACUGAAGACGAUAUCAUUGAUUUAAUUGAAGGCAAUCGUGUCUAUGUACCAGCUAUAUAUGUUUUAAAUAAAAUCGAUCAAAUAUCAGUUGAAGAAUUAGAUAUUAUUUAUAAAGUUCCUCAUUGCGUACCGAUAUCAGCUCAUCACAAAUGGAAUUUCGAUGAUUUGCUGGAGAAAAUGUGGCUAUAUUUAAAACUUGUGCGAAUCUAUACGAAACCAAAAGGUCAACUGCCAGAUUAUGCGUCACCUGUUGUACUUACACAAGGAAGAAGUUCAGUGGAAGAUUUUUGCAAUAAAAUUCAUCGAGCUAUUUUAGUGGAUUUUAAAUAUGCGCUUGUUUGGGGCGCAUCUGUUAAACAUCUUCCACAAAAAGUCGGUAAAGAACAUGUUCUUCUCGAUGAAGACGUUGUCCAAGUUGUCAAGAAAGCUGGUUAA